AUGGAGACAACAGAUACAGAUUUUAGCACAGCUAACAACAAGCUAAACAGUAAUUUCACAACUACGAAAGAUGUGCAAACUAAAGAUGCAAUUAUAAGCAAGCCUACUAUUACCACAAAGGACGCAAUGACAAUCAGCCACACGUCAACUACGACUGCGCCUUAUAACAACAGUGGUACAGAGAAAACUUCUGCUACAAUUCCCACCACCACUACAGGUCUUAAUACAGAUGCACCAUACAACAACAGUGGUACAGAGAACAUUUUAGCUGCACUACGCAUCACCACUAUAGGUCAUAAUAGAGAAGCGCCAUACAACAACAAUGGAACAGAGAACUCUUCUGCUGCACUUCCCACCACAACUUCAGGUCCUAAUACAGAUGCGCCAUACAACAACAAUGGAACAGAGAACACUUCUGCUGCACUUCCCACCACCACUACAGGUCAUAAUACAGUUGCGCCAUACAACAACAAUGGAACAGAGAACACGUUUGCUGCACUUCCAAAGCCCAUUGCAGGUCCUAAUACAGUUGCGCCAUAUACCAGCAAUGGACAAGAGAACACUUCUGCUACAAUUCCCACCACCACUACAGGUCCUAAUACAGAUGCUCCAUACAACAACAAUGGAACAGAGAACACUUCUGCUGCGUUUCCCACCACCACUACAGGUCCUAAUACAGUUGCGCCAUACAACAACAAUGGAACAGAGAACACUUCUGCUGCACUUCCCACCACCACUACAGGUCCUAAUACAGUUGCACCAUACAACAACAAUGUAACAGAGAACACUUCUGCUGCAUUUCCUACCACCACUACAGGUCCUAAUACAGUUGCGCCAUACAACAACAAUGGAACAGAGAACACUUCUGCUGCACUUCACACCACCACUACAGGUCCUGAUACAGUUGCGCCAUACAACAACAGUGGUACAGAGAACACUUCUGCUGCACUUCCCACCACCACUACAGGUCAUAAUACAGUUGUGCCAUACAACAACAAUGGAACAGAGAACACUUCUGAUACAACUCCCACCACCACUACAGGACUUAAUACAGUUGCGCCAUAUAACAACAGUGGAACAGAGAACACUCCUGCUACACUUCCCAUCACCACUAAAGGACCUAAUACAUAUGCGCCAUACAACAACAAUGGAACAGAGAACACUUCUGCUACAACUUCCACCACCACUACAGGUCCUAAUACAGAUGCACAAUACAUCAACAGUGGAACAGAGAACACUUCUGCUGCACUUCACACCACCACUACAGGUCCUGAUACAGUUGCGCCAUACAACACCAAUGGUCCUGAUACAGUUGCGCCAUACAACAACAGUGGUACAGAGAACACUUCUGCUGCACUUCACACCACCACUACAGGUCCUGAUACAGUUGCGCCAUACAACAACAGUGGUACAGAGAACACUUCUGCUGCACAUCCCACCACCACUACAGGUCCUAAUACAGUUGUGCCAUACAACAACAAUGGAACAGAGAACACUUCUGAUACAACUCCCACCACCACUACAGGUCCUAAUACAGUUGCGCCAUACAACAACAAUGGAACAGAGAACACUUCUGCUGCACUUCUCACCACCACUACAGGUCCUGAUACAGUUGCGCCAUACAACAACAAUGGUACAGAGAACACUUCUGCUGCACUUCACACCACCACUACAGGUCCUGAUACAGUUGCGACAUACAACAACAAUGGUACAGAGAACAUUUCUGCUGAACUUCACACAACUACAGGUCCUGAUACAUAUGCGCCAUACAACAACAAUGGUACAGAGAACACUUCUGCUGCACUUCCAACCACCACUACAGGUCCUAAUACAGUUGUGCCAUACAACAACAAUGGAACAGAAAACACUUCUGCUACAACUCCCACCACCACUACAGGUCCUGAUACAGUUGCGACAUACAACAACAAUGGAACAGAGAACACUUCUGCUGCACUUCACACCACCACUACAGGUCCUGAUACAGUUGUGCCAUACAACAACAAUGGUCCUGAUACAGUUGCGCCAUACAACAACAAUGGAACAGAGAACACUUCUGCUGCACUUCACACCACCACUACAAGUCCUGAUACAGUUGCGCCAUACAACAACAAUGGUCCUGAUACAGUUGCGCCAUACAACAACAAUGGUACAGAGAACACUUCUGCUGCACUUCACACCACCACUACAAGUCCUGAUACAGUUGCACCAUACAACAACAAUGGAACAGAGAACACUUCUGCUGCACUUUCCACCACCACUACAGGUCCUAAUACAGUUGCACCAUACAACAACAAUGGAACAGAGAACACUUCUGCUGCACUUCACACCACCACUACAGGUCCUUAUACAGUUGCGCCAUACACCAACAAUGGAACAGAGAACACUUCUGCUGCACUUCACACCACCACAACAGGUCCUGAUACAUAUGCGCCAUACAACAACAAUGGAACAGAAAACACUUCUGCUGCACUUCACACCACCACUACAGGUCCUGAUACAGUUGCGCCAUACAACAACAAUGGAACAGAGAACACUUCUGCUGCAAUUCACACCACCACUACAGGUCCUGAUACAGUUGCGCCAUACAACAACAGUGGUACAGAGAACACUUCUGCUGCAAUUCACACCACCACUACAGGUCCUGAUACAGUUGCGCCAUACAACAACAGUGGUACAGAGAACACUUCUGCUGCACAUCCCACCACCACUACAGGUCCUAAUACAGUUGUGCCAUACAACAACAAUGGAACAGAGAACACUUCUGCUACAACUCCCACCACCACUACAGGUCCUAAUACAGUUGCGCCAUACAACAACAAUGGAACAGAGAACACUAAUGCUGCACUUCUCACCACCACUACAGGUCCUGAUACAGUUGCGCCAUACAACAACAAUGGUACAGAGAACACUUCUGCUGCACUUCACACCACCACUACAGGUCAUGAUACAGUUGCGACAUACAACAACAAUGGUACAGAGAACACUUCUGCUGAACUUCACACCACUACAGGUCCUGAUACAGUUGCGCCAUACAACAACAAUGGUACAGAGAACACUUCUGCUGCGCUUUACACCACCACUACAGGUCCUAAUACAGUUCCACCGUACAACAACAAUGGAACAGAAAACACUUCUGCUACAACUCCCACCACCACUACAGGUCCUGAUACAGUUGCGCCAUACAACAACAAUGGAACAGAGAACACUUCUGCUGCACUUCUCACCCCCACUACAGGUCCUGAUACAGUUGCGCCAUACAACAACAAUGGUCCUGAUACAGUUGCGCCAUACAACAACAAUGGUACAGAGAACACUUCUGCUGCACUUCACACCACCACUACAAGUCCUAAUACAGUUGCACCAUACAACAACAAUGGAACAGAGAACACUUCUGCUGCAACUCCAAUCACAAGUACACGUCCUAAUACAGUUGCGCCAUACAACAACAAUGGAACAGAGAACACUUCUGCUGCACUUCACACCACCACUACAGGUCCUGAUAGAGUUGCGACAUACAACAACAAUGGUACAGAGAACACUUCUGCUGCUCUUCACACCACCACUACAGGUCCUGAUACAGUUGCGCCAUACAACAACAAUGGUCCUGAUACAGUUGCGACAUACAACAACAAUGGAACAGAGAACACUUCUGCUGCACUUCUCACCCCCACUACAAGUCCUGAUACAGUUGCGCCAUACAACAACAGUGGUACAGAGAACACUUCUGCUGCAAUUCACACCACCACUACAGGUCCUGAUACAGUUGCGACAUACAACAACAGUGGUACAGAGAACACUUCUGCUGCACUUCACACCACCACUACAAGUCCUGAUACAGUUGCGCCAUACAACAACAAUGCCUCCCCCCUCUACCCAACAAGGUACAGCACUGUCAACGUCUUCCACCAGCCUCCCCCCUCUACCCAACAAGGUACAGCACUGUCAACGUCUUCCACCAGCCACCUCCCUCCGCGGAACAACGGUACUGUUAACGCCCCACCAGCCUCCGGCCUCUACACAACAACGCCUCCUGCCUCUACACAACAUGGGUACAGCACUGUUAACGCCCCCACCAGCCUCCUGCCUCUACGCAACAACGGUACAGUACUGUUAACGCCCCACCAGCCUCCUGCCUCCACACAACACCGGACAAUACUGUUAACGCCCCCACCAGCCUCCUGCCUCUACACAACAACGCCAUAG